AUGGCCACCGAGCUUCGAAAACGAGUCGUUGACUCGCCCAAAGUCUGGACCGUCCUCCUGACAAACACCAAAUACCUCAGCGGCCUCCUGCUGCUCGACUACUCAUUCAAGCGCGCAGGCACCAAAUACCCGCUGCUCGUCCUGUACACCGACAGCCUCGAGCCCGCGGGCCACGCCGCCCUCGACCGCCGCGGCAUCCCAAAGAUGCGCAUCGAAUACCUGCUGCCCAGGGUAUCCAAGGACUUCAGCAACACCCCGCGCUUCUACGACUGCUGGAGCAAGCUCCAGCCCUUCUCCCUAAUCGAGUACGAGCGCGUCGUGCAGCUGGACGCCGACAUGCUGGUCCUCAAGAACAUGGACGAGCUCAUGGACGUGCCGCUGGACGCCAGCAACCGUAUCUUCGCCGCGGGCCACGCCUGCGUGUGCAACCCCAUGAAGCUGAGCUACUACCCUUCGGACUGGGUUCCGUCCAACUGCGGGUUCACGUCGCAGCACGGCGACCCCGAGACGGCGCAGCGCGAGGGCGCGCCGGCGAGCACGGGGCUCGGCACGUGCAACGGUGGCCUCCAGGUCGUUAGCCCGUCGAUGGAGAUCUACGAGAGGAUUGUGGGCGCGCUGCUGGACCCCGAGAAGACGGGGCACUAUGAUUUUUCGGAUCAGUCGUUGAUCUCGGAUGUGUUUGCGGGGCAGUGGGCGCCGUUGCCGUACACGUAUAAUGCGCUGAAGACGCUGCGGUGGUGCCAUAAGGAGAUUUGGAGGGAUGAGGAGGUCAAGAAUGUGCACUAUAUUUUGUCGCCGAAGCCGUGGGAGGAUAGAGGGAUCGAUGAGCCGACGCAUAAGUGGUGGUGGGAUAUGAAUGAUAAGAGGUUGGCAGAUGAGAGUGCUGCUGGGCUUGAGGCGGAUGGGUUUUGA